AGAGAGCUGCACUGAGCCACAGAGGGAGGCGGGCGGAGGAGCGCUGGUCUGCGGUCUGUCUUCACACCUCCGACUGCCUUUUCGGGAACUAUCAGCGGGCUCAGACUGUGCGUGACCCCGGGCUGAGCCGCCGCUGCUGUCCGCCCCACAUGGCUCCGGAUCCGCUGGGAACUUGUUCGUAGAGCCGUGCGGGUCUGGUGCGUUUUGCAGGAGGAGCAGCAGGAGCAGGAGCAGGAGGAGCAGGAGCAGGAGGAGCAGGAGCAGGCUGCUGGCUGGAUUAUUGCACACAAAAGCCCACUGGACAAAAAGCGAGUCCGGGCCUGGCUGCGGGGUCGUGGUUCCACGCAGUCUUUUAAAUGCUGGAGGAGGAUCCGGAGCCCAGCAGGACUCGACCCGUCUCCAACUAGAGGGACUAUGUGGCUGUCCUGGCUGACCUGUGCACUUCUGCUGGGAACUUUGUGUGCAGGACUGAGCCACGGGGAGGCCGACACCACCGAGUGUUUGUACUACAACGUCAACUAUGAGAUCGAGAAGACCAACCAGAGCGGAGUGGAGCGCUGCGAGGACGAGAAGGACAAGCGCUCGCACUGCUACGCCUCCUGGAGGAACAGCUCCGGCUCCAUCGAGCUGGUGAAGAAAGGCUGCUGGCUGGACGACUUCAACUGCUACGACCGUCAGGACUGUGUGGCCACAGAGGAGAGUCCUCAGGUCUUCUUCUGCUGCUGUGAAGGAAACUUUUGCAACGAGCGCUUCACACACCUGCCCGACGUCACGGGACCACUGAUCAAGGCCGCCAGUGUUGGUGUGUUGAACGUCAUGGUUUACUGCCUGCUGCCUGUCACCAUGCUGUCCGUCGUCCUGCUCACUGCAGUCUGGAUGUACCGACACCGGAAACCUCCGUACGGACACGUGGACAUCACGGAGGACCCUGGUCCUCCUCCUGCCUCCCCCCUGCAGGGUCUCAAGCCUCUGCAGUUGCUGGAGGUGAAGGCCAGGGGGCGUUUCGGCUGUGUCUGGAAGGGCCAGCUGAUGAACGAAUAUGUGGCUGUAAAGAUCUUCCCCAUGCAGAAUAAGGAGUCGUGGCAGAACGAGAGAGACGUGUUCAUCACAUCAGGUAUGAGGCAUGAAAACAUCCUGAGGUACAUCGCUGCAGAGAAACGAGGGAGUCACCUGGAGGCCGAGCUGUGGCUCAUCACCGAGUUCCACGAGAGGGGCUCGCUGUCAGACUUCCUGAAGGGAAACAUCGUCAGCUGGUCCGAGCUGUGUCACAUCGCCGAGUCGAUGGCGUGCGGCCUGGCUUACCUUCACGAAGAUCCCCGACAGAAGGGAGAGGGACCCAAACCGGCCAUCGCUCACAGGGAUUUUAAGAGUAAGAACAUCAUGGUGCGUACAGACCUCACAGCCGUGAUCGGUGACUUCGGUCUUGCUGUUUGCUUCGAGCCGGGGAAACCACCUGGAGAGACACACGGACAGGUAGGGACCUGGCGUUACAUGGCUCCAGAGGUUUUAGAAGGAGCGAUCAACUUCCAGCGAGACGCUUUCCUCCAAAUCGACAUGUACGCCGUGGGGCUGGUGCUGUGGGAGCUGGUGUUCCGCUGCAAGGCUGUUGAUGGCCCGGUGGAUGAGUACAUGCUGCCGGUCGGUCAGCAUCCGUCACUGGAGGACCUGCAGGAAGUCAUCGUCCACAAGAAGAUGAGACCGGCCUUCAAAGAGCUGUGGCUCAAACACAGUGGUCUGGCUCAGAUCUGCGAGACGGUGGAGGAGUGCUGGGAUCACGAUGCUGAGGCUCGACUGUCGACUGGCUGCGUGGAGGAGAGGAUCUGUUAGAUCCGUCGUCUCACCACCACCAUCACCCCGCCUACCUCCGACCACGCCCUGAUGGUCUCCAUGCCCGCACCCGUUCCCAUGGUAACCAAUGUGGACCUACCGCCCAAAGAGUCCAGUAUAUGAGGUGAAAACACGGAGGCCUGAAGUUACCGCUGACUUUCCUGAAAUUCAGUUCAACUUCCUGUGAAAUGACCGAACGCACACACACACACACACACACACACACUCUCACACACACACACACUCACACUCACACACACACACACACACACACACACACACAUUUUUUCUCAGUGGAAUUUUACAAACAGGAAGUACGUGAGCAGCUGCUAUUUGACUAUGAACUCUUCUUCUCUUGGUCCUUCAGGACAGAUUCUACCAGCACACUUUCUUGUUGUUGUCCAGUCAUUUGUGUCUUUUUAAAACCAAGUGUGUGUGUGGUGAACACACACACACACACACACACACACACACACACACACACAGGCAUUCAGCUCCCGACUCAGUGAAUGCUCGUCUAUCUCCAGGUACCUCAGAGACUUCCAUCACGUUUCCUCUGCUGUCUUCUUCUUCUCCACAUCUGGACUUAUCUACUCACCUGGCAACUGUGUCACCUAGCAACCACCUACCAUCAACCCUCCAUCGGGAUUUUUUUUACUACAAUGCUGCAAACCCUCGUAGGAACGCGAUGACUGUUACACAACGAACACCGGCGGCAAACUUUUGUUUUUCUACCUUUUCUGAGACUCGUUUUCUUUUCUAUGUUUCUUCUUCUACUGUUCGACGACAAACCUUCGGAUCCAACGGGUUGCAUCCAGAACGACAGGAAACAGGAAGUGAGGUCAGAAGGAAAGGUGUGAAGGUUUGCGUUCUCUCGCUCUCCGUUUGUGUUCAGCUUUUCUAAUUUGAGGUUGAAGACGGAGAGAAGUCUUUUUCAGGAACCAGGAAGUACUUCUUGCAUGCAGAGAUUUGAUUGGCUGACAGCGCUCAACCACAGCAUUUUGGUUGGCUCUGAAAUAAAACUUCUCAGGUUACCAGGUCUACAGGGGUUGGCAGGGUUAGGGGGAGGGGCUUCGACGUGACGUGGCACCGACCACAAGUUCAACAUGGUCGGGUGGGGGCAGGGCCAAUGGAGGGUGGGAGGGGUUUAUCUGAGGGUGCUCAAAGCCUACUGGCUGAAUAUGUAAAUUUGAAAAAAAAGAAAAGGUGCAAGACCUCAUGAUGCAUCAAGUUUAUGCAUUCAGGUCGGGCUGUGUGUGUGUGUGUGUGUGUGUGUGUGUGUGUGUUUUGAUUUGAUACUGUUACAUGCUGAUUGUUAAAUGAAGCGGCCUGUGACCUCUGACCUCCUCAGUUCGGUCACCUUGCUGCAGCAGAGGUUCAAAGGUCACAAGUCACCUCCUCACCUUUUUAUUUAUUUAUUAUUUCAACCGGGACCAAAAACCGCAGCUCCAUCCGCUACGUUAAGACACGUCAGUGCUAACAAAAGGUUUUUGGACCAGAGGAACUUUUUCAUGGUUUUAAGAACGAUUGGAGGUUCUCAGAACGUUGCUGUGGUGUCGACGCUGUCCCGGCACAACCUUCACGUAACAACAUAAAUGUUUGCCGAUUGGUCGAACACGAGCCAAUGCAGCACCGGCAACCGCCAUUUUUACAAACCUGUGUAACUCGUUACCUGUGGAAACAACAGCUCAUAACGGGAGCCUUAAAAAGAAAUGGAACAAAACAAAGUUACUACAUGACCGGCCAGUGUCACCGGCGCUGUUGUGGCGAGACAAGCGUGGUGAACGGUAACAGCACAAAAAACAAAACAAAAAGUCCCUGAAGGUCCGAAAAUGUGGAAAAAGAACUGGAAACAAAAUCGAAGAACAUUAGUUUUGUUUUUUUCAGUGUGUUUUUGUUCCUUCUGUGAUGCCAUACGUGUAACAGUGAAUGUCGAUGCUGCUGCUGACGAUGAUUCAAACUCAAAGAUGAAUAUAUUUCUGUAUAAUCCUUUAUAUUGUUCAUUUGACUUUCGGUGCAUUGAACACAUGCAACUCUCCGUCUUUGUACGAAGUCAGUGAAGCGACAGGAGACGUUCAAGGAGCGUCAGGCGGGAAUGAUGUCGCGCAAAAGACAACUAGUUAAACGAGUGGGGGGGAAAAACACAUUAAAACAAUACUGCUCAUGAACCACAGAUCACCUCAGUACACCAGAAAUACCUCAGAAGACUUUUCUACGUCUUAAAGUUGUUUUAUUUUAUUAGUUGACUUGUAGUCACAUAAUAUUUUAUUGUGAACUUUUUAUUCUGUUUUUUUUUAUUUUUUUAUUUUACUCAUUGGAGAGGUUCAUUUUUUUUUUUACAUAAAAUCUCCAAACUGACUGAAGAAGCAAAGCUACCAGGUUACAGAGACUCGAACCUCUACGCUGUAAAUAGUUGAAGUGUUGUUUCUUUUUUUAGACUGAACUGAACUGCCGAUAUUAUAAAAGCACCUGGACUGA